UUCACGAUUCAUGUUUUGCUACGCAUAUUAUUGUUCUCGCACGGGAUCUUAUUAACUGACAAAACUGAUAACACAAGUUGGAUAACAAGAAUGUUGUCUGGCAUACUUUAAAAACAAGAGAAUCGUUUGUGGCUUAAUUUUUUUAUAGGUAACGCUACAAUUCAUUUCAAGCAGCUUCAAGCAUUUUUCAAAACACUGCCAAUGUGGACAUCAAUUAUGCUUCAACUUAUAAUCACAUUCAUUGUGAUUAUUUUCACCACAUGUUUACUUCUUAAUCUUUUUUGGAAAUACCAUAUUUCAAAGUUAUCCUUCAUCCCAAGUGCACCCCAUUUUCCAUGGCUUGGAAUAGCACCAUACCUACAUAAGAAGCCACAUUUAAUGUUUCAACAAAUACUGCAGUAUUCAAAAAAAUAUGGCAACCUCUAUAUCGUUUGGUUCGCUCAUAUACCAGCAAUAUUUUCUUCUACAGUUGAAUAUUCCGAAGCUGUACUCGGUAGCAAAGAUAUGCUAAAGAAGUCCACUUUGUAUUGGCCUUUAUUGGAGUGGCUUGGAACUGGAUUGUUGACAAGUUAUGGAAGCAAGUGGAAACAGAGAAGGAGAGCAAUUACACCAACAUUUCAUUUCACCAUACUGAAUGAUUUUGUGGAGAUAUUUACACGCCAGGCGGAAUCGUUAGUUUCCAGAUUUGACUUAAAAUGUAACACUGGAAAAGCAAUUGAUAUCCAGUUUCCUGUCAGUCUGGCUGUCCUAGACGUUAUCUGUGAGACUGCAAUGGGUGUUAAAACCAAUGCCCAAGAAAGCUCCAAUUCAGAUUACGCCAAAGCAGUGUUCUCCCUAAAUGGACAUCUACAGAAGCGGCAAUGGAAUCCAUGGCUUUGGCCCAAGUUUAUUUAUCAACUUACACAGUCUGGAAAGAACUAUUACAAGGAUUUAAAAAUUCUGCAUGACUAUACCGUAAGCGUCAUUAACAAACGCAUCGAAUCCAGAAAAGCAGCAGAUGCUACAACUAGUGAUGUGCCGCAAAAAAAGGCUUUCCUGGACAUGCUACUCGACUUGUACGACAAGGGAGAGAUUGAUGUUGAAGGAAUUCGAGAAGAAGUGGAUACAUUCAUGUUUGAAGGACAUGAUACUACUGCUGCAGGAUUGAGUUGGAUUAUCUAUCUACUUGGAAGGUAUCCCAAGGUUCAGGAAAAACUGCAUCAGGAAAUUGACAAAAUAGAGGAAAGGAGUGGAUGUUUUAUUGAUAAAUUAAAAGAAUGCAAGUAUUUAGAGCAUGUGAUAAAGGAGGGAUUGAGGUUGCAUCCACCUGUUGCUCUUUUUGCCCGAGUGCUUGAGCAAGACACAAAGAUCGACGGUCACAUUGUACCUAAAGGCACUGAAAUUGGAGUCUUUGUUAAAGCCUUGCAUUUGAAUCCAAAAUAUUGGAAUGAGCCAGAAAAAUUUAACCCAGAUCGUUUUGGCGAGGAUAGUUUCUCAAAAAGAAAUCCGUACAUUUACGUUCCAUUUUCAGCUGGAUCUCGAAAUUGCAUCGGUCAAAAAUUUGCCAUGUUGGAAGAAAAAAUAUUUCUGUAUCACAUCAUGUCUAAGUUUCGUGUGGAGUCUGUGCAAAAGGAAUGCGAAGUGGAAGAAUCUUUUGAAAUUAUUCACAGAUCUACAAAUGGACUCUGGAUAAAGUUUUUUUCUAGAUAAACAUGUCAAAACAGGCGAAAAAAAAUAUCUAACCUAAUUUAGAUGAAUUGUAGGUGUUGAUAUUAGCGAUACAAAGAAAAUUUAUUUUGUAAUGGAUUUAAAAACAGUUUAAUUAGUUACAUUAGACUGUUGACCCGAUUUAUAUGAGUUCAAUUCUUAGGGAAAUUGUCGAAGGGCAUGAUUUAAUUAAACAAAGGACAAAAUUGUGAUGCCUAGCAAUCCUGUCACCACUUUUAGUUAGUGCUGGCAUAAAAUAAAUAGGUCAUGGCUACAUAUUUAGCAUAUUGUAAAACUCUUUUAUAUAAUGUAAUAUGAUAAAAUUAUACGAAAGGCUUAGACUUUAUUACAUAGUUAGCAUAUUGUAAUACUUUUUAAUAUAAUGUAAUAUGAUAACAAUGUACGAAA